CCUCCCAGCCACCCCCAAUCUCGAUGACGUCACUCACUUGCUUUGCCAUCAGUGCGACUCUUCGCUUCACCGAGCAUCCAAGGAGGACUUUUAUCCGACUUCUGCAAGUGAAAACUCCACGCGACAUUCGCGAUAUGGUUCUCAAGAGGAUUUUUCGUGCAGUCAUCAUGGGACCCCCAGGCUCCGGAAAAGGGACGGUGUCUGGGCGAAUAAGCAAAAGUUUUGGACUCAAACACAUCUCCAGUGGGGAUAUUUUGAGGGGCAACAUCAACGCUAAAACGGAAUUGGGACUACUGCUUAAAUCAAGUAUUGAUCAAGGUCAGCUGGUGCCCGAUCAUGUCAUGUCUCGCCUCAUCCUCAGGGACCUGCGAGCGAUCGAGCAGAGCAGCUGGCUGCUUGACGGAUUCCCUCGAACCGUCACCCAAGCAGACUCUCUGGAUCAAGUCUACAGUGUGGACACAGUCAUCAACCUCAAUGUACCUUUCCACACCAUUAAACAGAGACUGUCCUCUCGCUGGACUCACCUUCACAGCGGGAGAGUAUACAACAUUGACUUCAACCCGCCUAAAGAGCCUGGUCGUGACGAUAUCACAGGGGAGCUUCUGGUGCAGAGGGACGAUGAUACGCCAGAUACGGUCACGAGAAGACUGAAAGCCUACGAAACCCAGACGGAGCCAGUCUUAGAGUACUACAGGAGUAAAGGUGUGCUGGAGACCUUCUCUGGCACAGAAACCAACAAGAUCUGGCCCCAUGUUGAGGCCUUCCUCCACAAAAAACUCUCUGUGCUCAAUCAACGAGUUGCAUAGCAGAAGAGAAGACUGUACAUUGACCAGCAGGCUCUCCAUACGGAUAGAAAUCUGUAUUUAAUAAUACACACACACAUUCAGGACCAUGUCAAUGAUGGGACUUAUUAGGGCGUUUGAAGUUUGCUCUCAUCAUUCCACAUUGUGCCUUAGACAAAUAAGACACAUUACAGAUGUUUUCCUACAUUAAUCUGAUUAAGACAACACUCCUGGAUUAUCAUAGAGUACAAUUAAAGUUUCUUAAUGAAAUAAAAUGUCUGAUGUAUGUUUUGGUACGAGGACUGUUCCUCAUGCAGUACUACCACUAUUAGAAGGGACCGUGCAAUGGUCUACCAUAGUGAUCCAGUAAAUUCACUUUUUCACUCCAGUGCCUAAUGUAGUAACUGUAUGUUAACACUUCAUGAAGCCUUGGUCAUUUUUAAAUAUUAGCAAAAUAUAAAAAAAUUUCAUCAGUUAAUAUAAUUAAAGUGUACACUGUUUAGACGAGACCAUUGUCUUGUGCUGUGAUCAAGCGCUGCCUGGUAACGGAAAUGUGCCUCAUGUAAUUCCAAGUAAUAACGUGAAUGAAUAAAAUCAUUAAAAUGUG